AUGGCUUUAGCGGCUACAUUGACUGCUUUGGUCGCGAUUCAAACGAUCGUUUCGGAUAUCGAUCGAAUGCAUGAUGAGAUCAUGGACGGUCUUGGUGAUUUCCGCACGAUCUCCGAGGAUACAUGGGUCCGCAUCCUUUCCUUCCAAGUCAACCAGAACGGUGAUAGUAAACACGUCGAUUUCGCAUCAAUUCUCCGCCACAAGAGACAAGCAUCCAACUCGCAUGCUCAGUGCAAUUGUGCUGCCAACUCAAGAGGUUGUCCAGCCGGACCUCCAGGGCCACCCGGUCCACCUGGUAAACGCGGAGAUCAAGGACCUGAUGGAGAUCAUGGUCGCCAAGGAACUUCAGGAAUCGCGUUGGCUGUCACCCACAACAUUCCCGGCGGAUGCAUCGUUUGCCCACCCGGCGAUCAAGGACCACCCGGAGAUGAUGGAAAGCCUGGUCCCAAGGGAUUCCCUGGAGCUCAAGGCGAGGCUGGACAACCUGGAGCUGAUGGAGAACCUGGAGAGCCUGGAGAGGGUGGAGAUCAAGGAUUGGCUGGACAACCAGGUACUGAUGGAGAAGACGGGCACCCGGGAAGAGACGGAACUAUGGGAUCACCUGGAGAGCCUGGACCACAGGGAGAACCCGGAUGGACUGGACCACAAGGAGAGCCGGGAAAACCUGGAGACUCGGGCCAGGAUGGAGAACCCGGAGACGAGGGACCUCAGGGACCACCUGGAUCGCCCGGAAAGCCAGCCAACGAUGGCCCUCCCGGAAAGCCUGGAUCAGAUGGAGCUCAAGGAAAAGAUGCGAACUAUUGUCCUUGUCCACCAAAGACCCGUCGCAGGGUA